AUGAGUGUCCAGAACCCCCUGAGACUCCAGAACCUUGCAGGAAAGAGCCUACUAACUGAUGAAGCCUUGGCCAUUUCUACUCUGGAGUAUCUGCCCAUUGAGCUCUUCCCCCAACUCUUCAUGGAAGCAUUCUGUGGAAGACACAGAAAGACCUUAAAGGCCUUGGUGCAAGCCUGGCCCUUUGUCCGCCUGCCUCUGGGGGGCCUGAUGCAGACGCCUCAUCUGGGAACCUUACAAGCAGUGCUGGAUGGACUUGAUGUCCUUCUUGCACAGAAGGAUCAGCCCAGGAGGUGCAAACUGCGUGUGCUGGAUUUAAGGAAUUCUGGCCAGGACUUCUGGAGAAUGUGGUCUGGAUCCAAGAUCCAUGUGUCUUCAAGCUCAUCAAUGGUACCAUGCGCUGUGGACAGUUUGAGAGCUGAGAAACCCUUGGCUCCCUUCAAGGUGUUCAUAGAACUUCACCUCAAGGAAAGGAGCAUGGAUGGAUUCCUCACCUACCUCCUAAAGUGGGUGGAGGAGAGGAAAGCUUCCAUACACCUGUGCUGUAAGAGGCUGAGGAUUCUUUCAUUUCCCAUGGAAAAUAUUAUGAAGGUCCUGAGCAUGGUGCGACUGGACUGUAUCCAGGAGGUACACGUGAAUUGCACCUGGUAUUUGCCCACCCUGGCCAUGUUUGCUCCUCUCCUGGGCCAGAUAAGCAAAGUACAGAGACUCCUCAUCUCCCACAUCCACCUGCCAGCUCCCAUGGAGCAGGACAAGCAGCACGUUGUCAAAAUUACAUCUCAGUUCCUGAGGAUGCACCACCUCCGGGAUCUUCAUCUGGAAUCCCCCUUCUACCUUGAAGGCUGCCUGGACCAGAUGCUCAGGUGCCUGAUGACCCCCUUGGAUACCCUUACGAUAACUCGCUGCCUCCUUACAGAUUCAGACCUGACCCAUCUGUCCCAGAGUCCAAAAAUUAGUCAGCUAAAGGGCCUGAAUCUGAGUGGUGUCACGAUGACCUACUCUAGUCCUGAGCUCCUCCCAGCUCUGCUGCAGAAAGUUUCAGCCACCCUCCAGGAGCUGUACCUAGAGCAAUGUGGGAUCAGGGACUUCCAUCUGGAAUUCCUUCUGCCAGCCCUGAGCCUCUGCAUCCAGCUCACAUCCUUCAGUCUGCGUGGAAACUUCCUGUCCAUGGCCACAAUGGAGAAGAUGCUGCGACACACCUCCGGCAUGCUCAGUUCAAGUCGAGAGCUGUACACUGUCCCUCAGGAGAGUCUCAGCUGUCAGGGGAUCCUCCAACCAAGUAGACUUGCCCAGUGUCGGACUGAACUGCUGGAGAUUCUGAAGGACUUGGGACGUCCCAGGACCAUCUGGAUUUGCUUCACCCCCUGUCCACACUGUGGAGAUAACACAUUCUAUCAUCCUGAGCCCAUCAUAUAUAGCAGUAACACCCUUACCUAG